UGAAUUAUAUCGCACUAAACUGAACUUUUAAAAAAAGAAAAAACUUAUUAGUAUGUCUACCUCACUAUUUGAGCAACUACAACGUCUAAAAGUGCCGGAAGCUGAUGCUUUGUUGGAAAAAAGACGUCAUGCUUCCAUACUCUUCGAUUCGAAGGAGGCAGCCACUAAGGGCAGACGCACUAUAUAUGAUUUGGGCGUCAGCGGCUUAGAGGAAUUAAAUAUAUUGAAUCCCAGUUUUCAACAAUUUAAGAUGACAUUGUUCAAUGAGGCCACAUUGCAAAUAGAAAGAGCUGUAGAGCGUAAAGAUGUUAAUGAACUGCUGGAUUGCAAUAUACGAAAAUUUUUUUGCUAUUUAUCACCAUACUUUCCGCUACGACCGGCUCAUAUGUGCUUAGAAUGGUUGAUAAGACGUUUCCAAGUGCAUGAAUACAAUCGGAACGAUUUAAUGGCUUUGAUUUUACCCUAUCAUGAAACUAAUGCUUUUGUUAAAGUUCUGCAAACGCUUCGCUUGAGAGAAUCGGAUCAAGUAUGGUAUUGGUUAAAACCAUCGCAACGUGCCGGUUUGCCUUUAUCAAAGACAGCCAUUUUAAAUCGUGCCGCGACGGAGAAAGGUUUUCUAAAAUUUGUUUGCAGUUCAACGAUAGAUGCCGUUAAAGAAUUAGGCCAUAACGCCCACCUACUACAGGCCCAAUUAAAUUUCUAUGGUACGGUAGUGGUGGGCGCUUUGGAAAAUUGCCAAAAAGUAGAAGAAUGGCAUAUUAUAACCCUUCUGCCUUCAUUGAUAAAAGGAUUAACUUCGAAAUCGGUCGAUUUCGUCUCAGCCGCUUACAUAAUAACGGCCCGUUUAGUUGCUCGUACAGAAAUUACAUCCAAAUUAUGUAAAUUUCUUAUAACAAAGUUAGCGGCAGUAACUUUUGAACGUUUACAGCGAACUGCUGUUAUGCUUCUUGUAUGGAUUUUUGAUACACAACGAGCGUCAAAUCCAUCUUUUCCUGAUGAAACUCUUUUAAAAUUAAUUCAGGAGAAUUGGUUCACUAAUGUAUUGGCGGCAUUAGCUAAUGAAAAUAUGGACAUUCACUGUAUAAGCAGAAUCUUAAUGGUUCAAUGUGUAAAAGCUUUGCGCAAUGAUGAUGCGCAAAAAGAAAAUUUUAAGGAGUUCCUAGAACGUUUUCUAAAUGGCAUAAAAUUCUCCGAUUCUUUUGCCGAGCAAAUGAUAAGUUAUUUUCUGGAUUCCUAUGUUUCAUCAAACAACACUCACACAACACGAAGUUUGCAAGAUAGUGGGGUAAUUGAGCUGGACUCCGAGGAAGAUGAUAAUGAUCAUAGUGUAUAUUUUAAGUCGUGGUAUUCAGAGCGCUUACAAAAGUGGGAAAGUCAGUAUCCCUCAGCGUUUGACAAAUGUAUCAAAGAGUCUUUGUCUAAUCUCGGAUCAGAGGAAACGAAUAAACGGAGGGAUGCUAUAAAAAUGGCUCUGGGCUACCGUUUACAGAACUUUGACAAAUCGGCUUGCGACAUAUACGAGAGUUUAUAUCACUACAAUGCUACUAUACGUUUAGUGGCCGUUAAGACAUUGUUGAAAAAUCUGAAACAUUAUCGGAUGAAUUCAAAAAAUUGCGAGAUCUUAAAAGAAUGCUUGUUGGAUCGCAUGCGUGAUGACAAUGCAGAUAUAGUAAAGACUCUUCUAACUUUGAGUACGUCUGAGCUUUUGCAGAUAAUUGAUUGUUUUCAAUUAGUUGAUGCUUUAGUGAAUAUUUUAUAUAAAAUUCAAGUAGAUCCAGAAAAUUGGCAAGCUCUCUCCACGAUUGUGGUCCAGCAUUUAACUCAUGGAGUCUUGGUGAAGCAGUACAACAACAAUUUGAUUUUAUUCUCAUUAAUGCCGAUAUUUUUGCCAACGGAUGAUCGGAGUUAUGAUAAGAAAGCUUUACAACAAAUUGUUACUAGUGAUUUAGCUCAAAAUAUCAAUUGGCUGCAAAAGUUUAAUAUAUCAGAAAUAGAGUUUUUUGAUGCCAAAAGCUUUAGGAGACAGUUUUUAGAUGUUAUCAUCGCAUCUCCGAAUAAUAUAAACCUUUUCGAUUUGUUGGAAGGCGUUGAAAAACAACAAGAGACGCGGAUGCAGUUUCGAAACGCAAUGCAGCUUUACCAUCUGCUUAUAUUGGUUACUGCCUGCUUAAAACAGAAAUACACAGCAGAAGAAAGUUCAAAAAUCUAUGAGCAGAUUUCUCAAUAUACGCAGCGGUUUAAAAUGAGACACUUAACAAGCGCAGAAUGGAAUGGAGAUAACAAAUCGCGCUACAUACCUUUGCAAUUGUAUAGUGAUUUCUUGUUGGCUUUAAUGGAGCACACAGACUUUUCAAAUUUAACAAAGCAAAGUUGGGAAACUGAAGAAUUCAUAGAAUUAAAAUAUUUUUUUAAAGUCUUCGCAGACAUCUCUAAAGAGGCGUUUCAGACAGGUUUACAACUAACCGAACAAAAGCAAUGGUUGAGAAUGUUAAAAGAACUAUUUGAUGGAGUAUUUAAACAUCCGCAAAUUAAACUGGAAUUUCUAAUUAAUUUUUAUUUAUAUGAGAGACAAGAGAAAGCCAAUCAUUAUAUGGACUUGCGUGUGAGGUCGCUUAAAAUUACGCAAAAUAUAAUAAAAAACUCGGAGAAGUUUAAAUUAAUUAUAGGCAACGAUUAUAUUAUAAAAAUUGCUAUGGCCUUAAACUCGCAACAGGAAAUUAUACGGUGGGAAACUUUAAAUACGCUGGAAGAGAUCCAGCACAGCACUUUUUCAUUGGACGAUAAUAUGAAGCAUUUUAUUAAAUCUCUUCUAAUGCGUAGAGAAGAAAUCUUGAUGGAUUACGAACAAUUCCCUUUAGUUAUGUAUUCGCUGCUAAAAAGUGAUAUUGGCAAUCGCAAAAGUUCUGUAAAUAGCAACCGAAUUCUCAACGAAAUUUUGAAAAGUGCUGAAAAUCACAAAGAAUUAAACAACUUAGAAUUUUCUACGCUAAUUUUGAAAACUCUUAAAUAUAUUGAAGAUGAAGAGAUUUUCAAACAAUUUAUACCUUUGGCGGCAAAAGUCCUAGAAGAGACUAGCAUGAAAGGUUCCGUUGAAAUUUUAAAAAGUCCCUACGAUACUUUCUACGGUUUGGUAAUCCAACGCUUUGGCCCGCACACUGCAGAAAAUAUAUUAACUGGGCACGAACCAGCCUGGCUAUUAAUUGAGACAAUUUUUACAUGUCAUAACGUAUAUCUAAAAUCUAACGACUCUUUGAAGCCAGUUGCGUGCGUGUUUGUGGAGGGUUUGAAUGAAAUAUUUUACGAGAAAUAUCCCACAAGAUUUAAAAAACAAUUUAUAGAAUUAUUAGUCAGUACUACUGCGGAAGCUGAAAAUGAUUUACUCUUCCUGGCGGUAAACAAACUGUUGAAAAAAUGUACGUUGGAUUGUCGUUUGUUAUUGGCUACGUUGGAAAAUAUGUACAAAUGUUCGGAGAAUGCAGAAACCAAUAAAAGAAAAUGCACAAUUUCCAAUCUAAAACAAAUACAAUUCAAUUCCAUUUAUUGGAAGAAAGGAAUUGUUCUCUUGGAAUUGCUCGAGAGCAUAAAGAAGUUAGUAAACAGUGAAUUAUUAAUACCGCUUUUAUUUGAGUUACUGAAUGCUUGCCUUCUUCUCGAAGAGCAAACGUCAGUGGAGUACGCAAAACAACUAAUUCUUUCCGCUUUGCUGAACGCUUGCAGUAAAGCUCAAGAAAAUAAUUACGACUUAAAGAAAACAUUCGAGAAGUCCAUCUUUCGCGUGGAUCACGUAGUUCAAUGUCUUAGGAUGUCUCAAAACCCUCAAACACAUCAGAAUGCGUUGUUGCUACUUUCAAGUUGCGCAGAGCUAUUUCCUCAGCAGGUUCUCCAUAAUAUUGUAGAUGUAUUCACAUUUAUGGGCUCCUCAGUAGUACGGCACGAUGAUGCCUUUAGUUUCCAUAUAAUCAACGUAAUCAUUGUCUCUGUAAUACCGAUUUUAGUUAAAGAGAAAGUAGCCGUAAUUCCUGUAUUGAAGAUAUUUUCUGAUAUAAUGCUCGACGUUCCAGAACACCGCAGAUUACCGCUGUACACUAAACUUCUUUUAACUUUAGGUUCCGAGGAGUAUUUGUGGAUGUUUCUUUGCGUAGUGUUUGAGGCUUACGUCAUAGACGAGGAAAAACAACGUUUAAUACAUAAAAAGCAUUCAAAUUCUUCAAAUCUCCAUUCGAAGCUCAUGCCUAAACGUUUAGAAAUUGUUUCAGAUCUAUGUCAAACUUUCUCGCCGUCUGUCAUCCUAGCGACUUGUAUAAAUUUAAUGGAUUAUCUUACAAAAUUACCAAAAGACGCCGAAGGAGACUCAUCCAAAAGGAAACUAUCAUUAGCUGAUAACACAGAACGUUCCCUUUUUGACGUAUGCACUCACUCAGCUAAACAAUUUCGCCAUUAUAAAUACGUAAUCAUGCAAUUCCUAUCCUCUGUGACCAAUUCUGAGGAAUUUUUGCGUAAGAUAGCCUUACUUCCUUCGGACGGUACCAACUCUAUGAAAACUCUCUAUCAAAAUUUUAUUAUUAAAAUUCUUUCUUACAUACCACUCGUGCAUACUUCCUUAGAAAAAUCUGAGGAGUUAGCGCAACAAAAGUUCUGGAAAGUUAUAUUACACCAUCUGCACGAUGUUCUGGAUAACACUGUUUCUUUGCUCUCAUCCGAUAUGUUUCUAGUGGUUUUUAAUGGUUUAAUGCAAUAUAAAUUGUUGAGCGUACGCAAAAAAAUCAUAGAAAUAUUAAUCACGAAGUUGCAACAAAAAGAUGAAUUUUUUGCUAACUGUGAUGGCCAACAUUUUCAAUAUCUUCUAAAACCAUUAGUUAUGAUUAUUAAAGGAAUGUUAAGUAAGGAAGAGGUUAAAUUCACUGAUUUAAUAUUCUUACAACAAACUGCUUUAAUAGCAAUUAAAUUACUGUCAAAACAAUUUGCCUUGAAGCAUGUGGAAGACUUUAAAGCUGUUCUCUCCGACUUAACUAAAGUCAUUAAACAUCGUCCGCAUUUAUCAAAAAUAAUUUUGGCGACUACCGUUUUGACUUUAAUUGAAAUUUCUUUUAACUUAAAAGCGCACGCUCUGGCCCACAUGCCAAAAUUUAUGCCGCCAGUGAUGAAAAUCUUGCAAGAUCAAUCUGAAUUGGUCAAAAGCCAAUCACCUGAUAAUGUUUGCUUAGCGAUUGUUACAGGUAUACAAAAAUUAUUUGAGGCACUUCCUCUAUUCCUGGGGCCUUACAUUGUGGACGUAUUGGUAUCUCUGUGCGUGAUUGAGGCUCAUCUGACCGUCCAAAAAAAUGAAAAAGAUCAACGCUCGACGAACACAUUGCAAAAAAUUAACGCUAUCUGGUCGAAAAUAGCCACCGAUGUGCCAGUACGCAUUCUUGUUCCCAGCUGGGAAAAGACGUAUAAGCAUUUAGUGCAGAGCAAAAGUUACGAUGAACUGAAUGUCUUGCUGAAAUUGAUAAAGCAAUCUAUAGCUUACAACGAUAACCAAACGUUAGCGCCUGUCCAAAAGUAUUUGUCAGAAAUGUUUCAGGAAUUUUUAAAAUUCCGUGUAAGAGUAGAAGACGAAAGCUGCCGUCAUGAUCAAGUACAAUGCAUAGAAGGCAAUAUUAUCGACACCUUUGUAAGGUGGACCCUAAAAUUAUCCGAAAGUGCGUUUCGACCUCUAUAUCAUAAACUAUAUAAGCGCGUUUUAGAGGAAAAGAGCGAUAUAAAAGCGAGCUUAACUUUUUUUCGAUUGACCCACAAAAUUGCUGAAGCUUUAAAGUCUUUAUUUGUGCUUUUUGCUGGCGAUUUCAUCGAAGAUGUUGUCCGCCUGCUAAUUGAAUGUAAAUCUAAUCAAAAAAAGUCAAAAUACGUGAAGGAGCCUUUACUCGUAGAGCUAUUGAUGGCUCUAUUAAACACCUGUUAUCAAAUAUUUUUGCAUGAUAGCAAAGAAUUUAUCAAUAUGCAAAAAUUUGGAGUUCUUAUGCCUGCCAUCGUAGAUCAAAUAGAAAACCAACUGGUUUUAAAUGAUGAAUUAUUGCAACAACUACUUAUGCUUUGUAUAGCUCAAUUGGCAGUGAACGUGUCUAGUGAUGUUAUGUGGAAGCAAUUGAAUUAUCAGAUUUUACUUAAAACGCAGACUAGCGCCCCUGAGGUGAGAAUUUUUGCUUUCAAUUGUUGCGUGGCAUUAGCUCGGAGGUUAGGCGAUGAUUUCACUCCUUUAUUGGCCGAGACAAUGCCUUUCAUUGCUGAACUCUUUGAAGAUGAAAACCCGCGAGUAGAGGAAAAUACACGAGCAGCGGUGCGGGAAUUGGAGCAAAUCCUGGGAGAAUCAUUACAAAAAUAUCUUUAAUUUUUUCCUAUAUUUUUUUUAAUAAAUAUAACCUU